GAAACAAUUUGGGUAGUUUAGACUGCGCAAAGCGCUUCAAGUGGGUCAGCUGGUUGGAAAACUGCAUUUGGCAAAAACGCACGGCCACACACACAUUUGGCCAAGAAACGAUUGACUGUGGAUAGCCCCUCCACAGCUGACGAAAAGUUUGGGAAUUUGGCAACAGAAAAACGUAGCUGUAAAAGAGCGCAGACUUGUAAAGAUGUGGUCACUCGACUGGUAUGGGGGUCUCUCCAAACGUCAUCUCACAGCCCUUAUUAUUAGUGGCUGUACGCACGUGACAUUUCCCAGUAAUUUACAUUUACAAGAAAAUAUAGGUGUAAGAGUAUAUCCUGUAGUUGCACACACUUGCAUUUGUGGGAUGGCCACUGUCCAGCGUUCGAGUGGGUUGCCUACCUUGCAGGGCCAAUGUAGAAGGGGUUACGCCUGGUUGUUCGUACGCGCAUCGCACAGGCAGAGCGUCCUCCCCGGCUCAUAUCCUGUAUCAAGACACAAUCGCUUGUUUGAUGUCUAGAGAACCUGAUGCUUGGAGACUACUUGUAUGCCAUCGAUAGAGAUUUAUUUUUUUUCGUUUGAUUAUCAAGAUAUUCCUGUGGCAGGGGCCUUGAAAUGCUGUGGUUACUG